GUCGGACGUAAAAAACCGAAAGUGUGAUGGAAACUGAUUACCAUGAUUGAGAUUCUUCGUUAGUACAGUACAGAAAUGACAGUCUAUCUCCAGGUCAUAUCCCCUGACUACUUUUUAUAAAGGCAAUAUGAGCGGUUCAGUACAUGAUAUUGUGAUAUUACGAAAAUGGAUGAUGAUGAUGUAAUUCCACAUCCAGUGAUUGUUCUGGUGAAGAGUGAACCUCUGGAACAUGAAUCUGAGGAGCAUGCACAUCAAUUUGUUUCAGUGCCCAAUAAGGAAAGUCCUGCACUCAAAGAAGAAACACAGAGUAACACUGAUCAGGAACUUUCGCGUACUGCAGGUGUUAAGACAAUAGAUACAUCAGGAAUAGAAGAACCUACUGAGGUAAUAAAUAAAUCAAAAUCUUCACCCGUGUCAAGUAAUAAGUGUAAAGUCUCUCCAGAGACUCUAGCAACUAUAAAAGAAGAAUUUAAGGAUGAAGAAGACUCUGAAGAAACUGACUCUGACUCUGGGGAAGUCAGGUUAGUGGUAUCUUUAUUCAUAAUCAACAUCACAGAUUUUAUCCAAGGGGCUCAUCGUGGUUCUAAUGAACACUGAUCAAUCGCAUGUGUUCUCAGAGAAGAGAAUCCUUCAUCCAUUAGUUAACUUUUGUGGUGGCUGUUCUAAAGUUUAGAUUCCAUAAUACAGGGAAUGUCUUACACAACUGAUUAAAUAUCUACUAUUCAGAGAAGACUAACCCUGGGAGGUAAUUAGAUAUUCAAAGAACUGCCACUUAUAAUUUAUAAAUGGGAUGGAUUCCUAAAAUUUUGAAUAAGACCCAAAAAUACUCUGUGCAGACUGUGAGGAAUUUCACAUUAGUGAAGUAUAGUAAUUUGGCUAGUGAUAAAAACCACCAACAAAAGGAUGUGAGAUCAUUUGUCUGGUGAUCAGUUAACGUUAAUCAGAAAUUGAAAUGUGAUGUAUAAUGAUCUUUCUUAUUGCAGUGAAGUAACAGAGAAACCACCCUCAGAAACUGAGGAGUGUAAUACAGGUUACCACUGUUCAAUAUGUGGAAUAUUCUUUGCAAAAAGAAGAGAUUUGAAUGAUCAUGUGUGUGCAAGUACUGGUGAUAAAUCCUUCCAGUGUUCAUCCUGUGUCAAGUGCUUUAGUUCAAAGUACCACUUGAAGCGUCAUAGUGUUGUACAUACUGGUGAGCGUGCUUACCAGUGUACUGUAUGUGGGAAAUCAUUCAAUGACAAGAGUAACUUACACAAGCAUAUUAGAGUCCAUACUGGAGAGAAACCAUACCAGUGCUUAAAAUGUAAGAAGUCUUUCACUUGGAAAACUCAACUUGAAAACCACAUAGCUGCACACAAAAUCAAAUCAUGUUUUCGAUGUUAUGUCUGUAAUAUGUAUUUCAAGAAUAAAAGUGACAUGGAUGAACAUACUUUUUCUCAUAUUGGAGAGAAACCAUAUCAGUGUCUGUCUUGUGCUAAAAGUUUCAGUUCAAAAUACCAUCUGAAGAGACAUAGUGUUGUUCAUACAGGUGUGAAAGCAUAUGACUGCGCUAUAUGUGGCAAAUCAUUUAAUGAUAAAAGCAACUUACAACAGCACACAAGAAUUCAUACUGGAGACAAGCCUUACAGGUGUUCUACAUGUGAACGGACAUUCACUUGGAAAUAUCAACUUGAGAAUCACAUCCCUGUGCAUACAAAUGAAAAGUAUUUCUGUUUUAUAUGUCACAAAAGUUACAAGUUUAGAAACAGCCUUGCUCAACAUGCUAGGUAUCAUUUGAGAGAAGGACACAGAUGUUCCCUUUGUGGACACACAUUUACAUCUCAGGGUGAUUUACAUUCACAUACGCACACUCAUGUUACUGAAUCCAAAUAACUGUUCUGUUAAAUAUACAAAUACAAUAUGAAACACAUCCUUUUUUGUGCUUUUUGUUAGACAUCCUGAAUGUUUCAUAUUGCAUGUAAUUCUCAGUUGCCUGCAUUGCUAAUACUAUGGCAUGUAUAUAUCCAUUAUAAUUUUUUGUAAAAGUUAUAUGUGUAAUCUACAUUCUUUUCCCAUUCUCUUUCCUGGUUUUCAUUACACUUAUCAGUCUGCUUUGUCUACUUAAACAUCAACUGGAACAUGUUCAUUAAACUUUUAACUACUAUUAGGCUGGAAAUACUGAAUUAGGAUGUACAGGAAUUGAAACCAGCACCUCUGUAAUUUCUGAAAUUUCAUCUGACACCUACUUUCCAAGUAAAAUCCCUGUAAAGUUAGAAAUGCAGCAACAUUGCAUGACAUAAGAAAUCCCACUGAUUCUGUAUUGCCGAGUGAAGAGGCGAAGAUGUAACAUCACAUAGCAGCAUACAACUAAAGUUUUAGAUUUUCAACUGAAUGACUGAGGGUAAGUUAUAAGUGAUGUGUUUGUUGUAUUAAAAUUCAAAACAAAGUACGUACAUGUGAGAGUCAUCACAUGUAUUUCAAUAAGAAGCUUACAAGUUUAGAACUAUACAGUGCUGUAACUGGGUGGAAUUAUAAAUCAUACAGCAAUAGAAACAAUUGCUUCUUCAUCCACCUUUAUAGAUUUUAAGGCAGCGUUUCAGUUUACACACACAGUAUAAACAUGGUUGCUAUGUAACAAAACCUUACACUUGCAAAAAAGUACAACUGGGAAUCACAUACUGUACAGUACAAACCCAAAUAAAAGCAUGACUUCACAUUC